AGACGGGCGGGGCGCGCCUGCGGCGAUGAUGGGCGGCCAUGGCCCGGGCGGGCUGCUCCAGCGGCACGGCGGCCGCGGCGGCGCGGGUGGGGGGCGCGGGGCGGCCGGAGCCGUGGGAGCUGUCCCUGGAGGAAGUGCUGAAGGCCUACGAGCAACCCAUCAACGAAGAGCAGGCGUGGGCCGUGUGCUUCCAGGGCUGCCGCGGGCUGCGGGGUGCGCCGGCGGGUCGGCGGCGCAUCCGGGACACGGCGGACAUUCUCCUGCGCAGGGACGGCUCCGUGGGCGCGCGGCGGGAGCCCGGCGCCGCGGAGCCCACAACGAUGGUGGUUUCACCCGCCAGCUCAGAAGCCCAGAUGGUGCAGUCGUUGGGCUUUGCCAUCUACCGCGCGCUGGACUGGGGGCUGGACGAGAGCGAGGAGCGCGAGCUCAGCCCGCAGCUGGAGCGGCUCAUCGACCUCAUGGCCAACAAUGACAGCGACGAUGGCGGCUGCGGGGCGGCAGACGAGGGCUAUGGGGGCCCCGAGGAGGAGGAGGAGGCCGAGGGUGGGCCCCGCGCCGUGCGCACCUUCGCCCAGGCCAUGCGGCUGUGCGCCGCACGUCUGACCAACCCCCGGGGUGCACAAGCCCACUACCAGGCCGUGUGCCGCGCACUCUUUGUGGAGACACUGGAGCUGCGGGCCUUCCUCACAAGGGUCCGGGAGGCCAAGGAGAUGCUGCAGAAGCUUCGGGAGGAUGAGCCGCAGGCAGAGAAGCCCCUGGUGGAGCUUGACAACCUAGGGCGCACGGACUGGGCCCGACUGUGGGUCCAGCUCAUGCGGGAACUCCGCCAUGGGGUGAAGCUCAAGAAGGUGCAGGAGCAUGAGUUCAACCCCCUGCCCACCGAGUUCCAGCUCACGCCCUUCGAGAUGCUGAUGCAGGACAUCCGUGCUAGGAACUACAAGCUGCGCAAGGUCAUGGUCGAUGGGGACAUCCCUCCCAGGGUGAAGAAGGAUGCCCACGAACUCAUCCUCGACUUCAUCCGCUCUCGGCCUCCGCUGAAGCAGGUCUCGGAGAGAAGGCUUCGCCCCUUACCCCAGAAGCAGAGGACCCUGCACGAGAAGAUCCUGGAGGAAAUCAAGCAGGAGCGGAGGCUGCGCCCAGUUGGGGGCAAGUGCUGGGGUGGCUGGGGGUUUGGUUCUCUGCCAUGCAUCCUCAACGCCUGCUCCGGGGAUAUCAAGUCCACUUCCUGCAUCAACCUGUCCAUCACGGAUGCUGGGAGCAGUGCUCAGCGCUCGCGGCCCCGGGUCCUGCUCAAGGCGCCCACCUUGGCUGAGAUGGAGGAGAUGAACACGUCUGAGGAGGAAGAGUCUCCGUGUGGGGAGGUGACACUGAAGCGGGACCGCUCUUUCUCGGAGCACGACCUGGUCCAGCUCCGGAGCGAAGUGGCCUCUGGCCUGCAGCCAGCCACUCAGCCCCCAGGAGGGUUGGAGCCAUCCCAGCCCCGCGUGGGCAGCGUGCAUGCCUGGAGGCCAAGCAUCCAGGAGCAGGGUUCCUUCCCUGUGAGCAUCCAGUCCCAGCCUGACUCCAGCUCCCUCCCACACAGUGACCUGGGAUCAACAGAGGAGGAUAGGCCGAAGGAGGACAGGCAGGAAGCCUCCGAGGUCUCAGACGCCAAUCACCUGUGGCUGGAGUUCAGCCACCCCGUGGAGAGCCUCGCUCUGACCGUGGAGGAGGUGAUGGAUGUGCGCCGAGUGCUGGUGAAGGCCGAGAUGGAGAAGUUCCUGCAGGACAAGGAGCUCUUCAGCAGCCUGAAGAAGGGGAAGAUUUGCUGCUGCUGCCGAACCAAGUUCUCACUGUUCUCCUGGCCACCCACCUGUCUCUUUUGCAAGAGAGCUGUCUGCAUGUCCUGCAGCGUGAAGAUGAAGAUGCCUUCUAAGAAGUUUGCACACAUCCCCGUUUACACGCUGGGCUUUGAGAGUCCUCAGAGGGUGUCAACUGCCAAAACCACGCCAACGCAGAGGAGAGACGUCUUCCAAUCCCUGCAGGGGCCUCAGUGGCGGAGCGUGGAGGAGGAGUUCCCACACAUCUAUAUGCAUGGCUGCAUCUUGAAGGACGUUUGCAGCGACUGCACCAGCUUCGUGGCAGAUGUGGUACGCUCCAGCCGCAAGAGUGUGGACGCUCUCAACACCACGCCUCGCCGAGUCCGGCAGACCCAGUCCCUCUACGUCCCUAGCACCUGGACUCUCGACUUUAAGUGAGAGCCCUUGGCCACCCUGGGCCCCCUGCUGGAGGCUUUUCAAGGAGGGCAGGCCUCCAGGGAGGAGCCAGGCUAGUCCUGGACCAGGCUGAGAAACUCCCAUCCCGGGGCACAGCCGCCAGCCUGCCCUCCUAAGUGUGCAUGUACAUAUAUACAUAGUAGAUACAUUUAUAUAAUAUAUAUACCCACAGCCUAUAUAUUUAUAUAUAUGUUUCUGACCCCAGAGUUCCUUUGGGGCCAGGCUCACUCCAGGACCCUCUCCGGGGGAGGCUGUUUCCUCUCAGGAUUCCUUGGGCGGGGCAGGGAAUGGAAUGGGUUUUCUCAGUCAGAUAGGAAGGAGGGCAGGUUGGAGGUAGAGCACAGGAUUUCAGAUGUUGAGGCUGUGGGGAAGACCCCUGCCCUGUGUUGUUCUCUUCCCCAUCCCAGGGAUGGGAACACAGCAGCUUCCCCUCCCUGGGUGGACAUCCAGGCUGGGCCAGGGUGGCCUGGUCCCCAGGUGGACUGGAGUACCUGCCUGCAUCUGCGCUCUCUUAGCAGGGACAUGGGCUGCAGAGGCCCCUGGGAAGCUUCGGAGUAGGCUGAGAUUCUCCUGGCGGGCGUCCCAGGCAUCCUACCCUUCCAUUUGGAAGGUUGGAGGCAGAGCUCGCUGCCUGACCCCUGCCGGGCAUCCAUGCCCCAGCCAUCUGCCACACAGCUGGUGCUGCCAUCCUCACACACUCAGAGGUCCAGGGGUGGUGCUGGCCUGAGGGCCCUAGCAAUGCUGGUGGUCCUGCUACAGGGAGGAGCUCUGUAAAUCUGUACUCACGGCCACUCUUGGCCUAAUAAAGAUGGUCUCAUAGUCUCCCGUCUCAGGUGUGGACUGAGAACUAGCAGCCGCAGCAGUGGGCGCAUUCUCCAAGGGCAGAAGCUGGGCUCUGAGGAGCCACCUGCCCUCCAGUGCAUAGUCAGGAUGCCCAUCGCAAGACAGGGGCACUGAGGCGACUCUCUUCCUUGAUGCCCCACUUCAUAAUCUGGCCAUCUUGGUCCUACGGCCAGCAGGGCUGCAAUGUGGGACAGCAGCUCAGCCUGCUGCCUGGGGGACCCUUUGGCCUCAUCCCCCAGAUCUCUAUUCCUGUUCUCUGGGCAGAUGAUUCCCUCAGGGUUGGCGGGGCGGGUAGCUCCAGCCUACUCUUCAGGAGAAUGGUUAGAGGAGCACCUACAUGCUCUGCCUGUCCACAUGCACCUGGGAGGUGGCUUCUGCUGUCAUCCCACCUUACAGAUGAGGAAAGUGAGGGUCAAAGAGGCGAAGGAAUUCAGCCAAAGAUACACAGCUUGCCUGGGAUCUCAACCCAGGCCUAUCAGACGCCAGGCUCUAAAGCCUGCCACACAGACACAGGCCUGGAGGAGGCCCCGAG